GACUGUGACGAUAGGUUUUCCUUUUUGGCUUUUAAACGCUUUCAAAUAGACAUACACACAUACUAACGCAUUGAUUGACACAUACUAGAGAUUGUUUAAGUACGUAAGGAUUUAAAUGAUUUUUGUAAAGUUUUUUUUUCUGUAGAAUAAUUCCCACCCGAUAGUGAAAGAGUGGGAACAUUUUCCUUUUUGAAAACCGAAGAAUCUUGACCGUAGGCAGAAAAUUGAAACCUAUUUUAAUCUACUUUCGGUUUAAGUUUUAACCAUGCGAUCAUUGUUUAAUUUUGAGAAACAAGUAAAUUACAAAUAUUUAAUUCAGUAUGAUUGAGAAUUCUACUGUUGUUACUUUGUGUAGAAAAAUGUUCAAAUUUGCGAUCGGUAAAAGGUAGGUUUUUGGUCGAACGAAUGGCUUACUGAAUGAUGAAAUCGAGAGUCCCACGACCACAGGGUCUAGCUGCAAAUGAGAGCCUCCCUUUGUUUACUUUCUCAUUUGAUUGAUUAUUACGGAGUCAUAACCGCAAUUUCUUGAAAGCUUGAGGUUUUAACUUGAAAAAGCGAACAAAGAGAAACUGUCACUUGCACUUAUUGUCAAACUGGCUGGAGCUAGCGAAGUCGAUCUUAGAACUGACAGCAAGUAUGUACGAAAUUUGCUGAAAGUUUGAUAUCUCGCGUUUUUUUUUUCAUCCACUGAUGCGAAUAACUCUGGGCGAGCACAGAAUAACCAUAAUUCCUUUUGGUUCAUGUGUCGGUCUCAUAAAAAAUCACUUGCUGGUAGCAGCACUAAUUUCGGCUUCAAUUUACUUUACCAUUUCAAUCAAUCAAACAGCGUCAGCAGAGCUCACUCUAACCAAUGGUUUUUGCAUAUAAGAGAUGACUACUGAAGCUGAGAUGAAUGGGGGAACCGUUACCCUAUGACAGCAGGCUUGAGUCGUUAGGAACUUUGUAACAUAAUAGCAAUUCUAUUUUGACUUUAACCCGGAAACGUAACCGACCUAACUUUACAUAUACUGACCUAUAAAAAAAAACAACCGCUUUACCGUUACUGCGAGUGGUCAAAAUUCAAUAUUUGAAUACCCCUAGGUAGCAAUAAACAUCAGUACGUCGAGAGGAAAUAUGCGCGAAAAAGAGAAUUCAAUAGUUUCCAUAAUAGUCCAAACAAACAGCCUCGCUAUGACGGGAAGGAUCGAGGGACGAAUGUAGCAUUUUAAUCGUGUGAAGAGGAAAAAUGAGAAUAUAUGCGAGAGAAGCACGCAAAAGGACUGCGACGAGAACGACGGCGACGACGAUGACGACGACGACGACGACGAUUAGGAUCAUGAGAGCGCGCUGGGUUAAUGCGAGAGUAAUUUGCGCGCGUGAACGAAAAAGAGCGAAUGCUACAGAGAGAGAGGUACCCAUAAGAUCGUAUGUCGGUAAAGAAGUGCUGUAAUUUUUUCCCUAAAUUUUCAACUUAUUACACCGAAAAUAAGAACAGCAAAGAAGAUCGAUGCAGAAGAGUUCAUGGAAUCCUACGCAAUUUAAACUAGUUUUAAUGAAGGAGAGAGAGAGAAAAUUUAGUUUCGGAUUGAUUGAUUGAUUGGAAGUUUUGUUUUCAAGUGUGUUAAUUUUGAUUUUUUUGUGCAUAACACCUAGUUUAAUCAUUGCGAGAAGAGUAUGCGCGAUAUAUAAAUUUAUGCAAGAGUAUAUUAGCAGGUGAGGAGUACUACUUACAGUAUGAGACAGAAAGAAUUAAAUUCACAGCUAUUCUGACUAUAAUAACAAUUAUUAUACUAUUUGCGAGGAGAGGAACAUAAAUAUUAAAUAAAAAUCUUAUAUAUUGUCGAGCAGAUGGUGUGGUGAAUGUUAAUUAAAAAAAAUUCAGUUGCUAGAGAGAAAUAGAACAAGCAAACGUUUAUGAAUGUGUUUGAAUACUAAACGACGAGAAGAGUCAUAGCAAUGUAAUAUUUUGAAUGCGCAUUACCCCUAGCAUACAUCCCCCAGUAAUUAGAGCAAGAUAAAAAAGCUGAUAAAUUGAUGAAAAAAUAAGUUGUGUAAAACAAAGAACGAUUGAUGUGCGUAUCGUUUUUUUUUCUCACCCGUUCAAAGAUAGUUUUUUGAAAGAAAUCCUGUUUUGGAAAUUGGUUUUGAAAGGAUGACCUACUUUAUCGAUAAGUAUUUUGACACAAAACAUUUAAAAAAUAAUCAUUUGGAUGAAAUCGGUAAAGUAGAGUUUGUGUUUGAGUACUGAGCUACAUGGUUGAUUGUCAGAGCUUAAUGGCAUAUUUCGGUAGAAAUCUCUGCCCGUGUCUUCUCUCCACGUAAGAAAGGGUAAAUUUGUGCGAGCGGAAAAAGUUGAUGGGUACACGAUGACGUACGCGAUUCUGUUGAUGUAUGAUGCUAGCGAUGAUGAUGAUGAUGAUGAUGGUGUAAUGAUCAAGAUCGAAAUGGAUAAAAAAAGAGCACGUGAGCGAGAGCAAAUGAUAUGACGAUUUGUUGCGGGACUGCGAGGGACGAACGAACGAUUGUACGCGCGACCUCUAAGAAUAUGAAAUGCGAUGGAAGGUGGAUAAAUGGUGCGAGAUAACGCAGUGACUCUGGUGACUGGUGGCGCAUCCGGCCUGGGUCGCGCAACCGUGGAACGCUUUGCCCGGACUGGAAGUAAGGUGUUACUGUGCGACUUACCUACCUCCAAAGGCAGCGAAGUUGCCAAAGAACUAGGAGAUAAUGUCGUCUACGUACCGGUUGAUGUUCUUUCCGAACAGGAUGUCACCGGUGCCGUAGAUUUAGCAAAAAGUAAAUUUGGCCGAUUGGAUGUUGCGGUGAACUGUGCCGGAAUAGCGGUUGCGAUUAAGACGUACAACUUCAACAAAAAAGUUGCACAUAAGUUGGAAGAUUUUCAGCGAGUUCUGCUGGUCAAUACUGCCGGUUCGUUCAACGUAAUUCGUCUGACGGCUGGUUUGAUGGGUGAGAACGAACCCAACAAAGAUGGUCAACGAGGAGUGAUCGUGAAUACCGCUUCGGUGGCCGCGUUCGACGGUCAAAUUGGUCAAGCUGCUUAUGCUGCCUCAAAAGCUGCCGUUGUUGGUAUGACGCUUCCGAUUGCACGCGAUUUAAGCACACAGGGUAUCCGCAUCUGUACAAUUGCUCCAGGACUGUUCAACACACCGAUGCUGCAGGCUUUACCGGAAAAAGUUCGUGCCUUUCUGGCGAAAACGGUACCAUUUCCGCAGCGUCUCGGGGAGCCUUCCGAGUAUGCUCAAUUGGUAGAAUCGAUUGUCGAAAAUCCAUUACUCAACGGAGAGGUCAUACGACUGGACGGGGCUCUGCGGAUGAUGCCUUAAUGAGUGAAAGAGUACAGGGUAAUGUGGCCUUCCAGCGAAAUGCGAUUUUGCAAACAGUUUAUGCAUUUAUUAGUAGUUACCGGUGAUCGUAUAACGAGCAAUGGGUUGUGGAUCAUUAUGAUUUUGUAAAGUGAUUUUAGCUACAGAGUAGUUUUGAGAAAUAAAGAGAAACUUUGUUA